AUGUAAGUAGUUUAAAAUCAGAUUGGAAGCAUGGGAUAGGCCAUGAUAGUUUAGAUGAAUGAAUAGGCACAACAUUUGAUCCAAGCAAUAUCUAAUAGUUGUUUGGACAUUUUGGGUCAACAAGAAGGUAUCUUCAUAAAAUAGAAUUUUGAAUUAUUUGAAGCAAUCACAGGUAUAAGAUAUAUCAAUUUUUAGGUUUUGAAACUCCAAAUGUAUAUAAGGUUUAUGCAGCAAAUGAUUAAGGGAAGAAGAAGAAGUAGAAAGCAUUAUUUAAAUGCAAAGAGAAAUCAUCUACUUGUGCUCGUAUUUGUCUUCCGUAAGUUCCUUUUAUUAAUUUAUCUAUAGAGGUAAUACAAGACCUUUUGAAAUGAAAAUCAACAAUUAUGGAUGUAAAGACUUCUAACCAACCAUGGCUAAAAUGUUCUUAAAAGAUGAAAAGAGAGUAAUUUUUAAGUUUAAGAGAGAAUAUUAAUGCACAUGUUUGUGUUUUAAUAGGUAUUUUUGUUAAGUUAUCUAAAAAUAGACCUCGUCUUGAAGUUUUAUAUGUAGAAAAUGAUGAAAACAGAAAACUAGGAACUAUAGUUAAUCCUUGGUAUUUUUGCAAUAUUGGUUGUCAUAUUCUAGAUAUUAAUGAUAACUUAAAAUAUGUUGUAGAAGCAAGUUGUUGUUAAACUUAUUUUUGGUGUAGAUGUCCAUGUAAUUCUUGUAAUAAAGUUGAAUUCUUAAUUAAAGUACCAAAUGGAGAGGUUAUCUUUAUAUAUUAAAUAAUUAGGUUGUAGCUCAUUUAGUGAAAAAAGGAAAAGACUGUUGUAAAAACAUGGUUGGUGACGCAGACAAUUUUAGGUUGAUUUUUCCUAAAGGAGCUUCAAAGGAAGAUAAAGCUUUAUUAAUGGCUGUCACACUUAUGAUGGAUUACAUGUACUUUGAAGAUAAAGGAGGUGCUUAAGCUUCUAUUGGUCCAGCAUGA